AUGUCGAGCGGGGCGCCGGGCAGCUCCGUCUCCGACCCGCAGCACGCGGCGCGGCUGCUGCGGGCGCUGAGCUCCUUCCGGCAGGAGGGCCGCUUCUGCGACGCCAACCUGGUGCUGGACGGGCAGGAGAUCCCGGUGCAGACCAACAUCCUGGCCGCCGCCAGCCCCUACGUGCGAACAAAACUGAACUAUAAUUCUCCCAAGGAUGAUGGAUCCGUGUAUAAAAUUGAACUUGAAGGGAUAUCUGUUGAUACCAUGAAAGAGAUUCUGGACUACAUCUUCAGUGGUCAGAUCAAGCUGAGUGAAGAGACCAUUCAGGAUGUGGUACAAGCUGCUGACCUUUUGCUGCUGACCGACCUUAAAAAGCUCUGUUGCGAGUUUCUGGAGGGUUGCAUCGCUGCUGAGAACUGUAUUGGCAUUCGGGACUUUGCACUACACUACUGCCUACUCCACGUUCACUACCUGGCCUCGGAGUAUCUCGAAACACACUUCCGGGAUGUCAGCAGCACAGAAGAAUUCCUGGAACUCCCUCCUCAGAGACUAAAAGAAGUGCUGUCCUUGGAGAAGUUAAACGUUGGGGAUGAAAAGCAUAUUUUUGAAGCGGUCCUUCGGUGGAUUUCCCACGAUCCUGAAUUAAGAAAGGUUCAUAUGAAGGAUGUCAUGUCGGCUGUGUGGGUCACUGGAUUGGACUCUACUUACUUGCGUGAACAGAUGAUGAACGAGCCGUUGGUUCGGGAGAUUGUCAAAGAAUGUAACAACAUUCCACUCACCCCACCCCAGCAAGAAGAGGCAAUGCUUGCCUCUUUUAAACCCCGAGGAUAUUCAGAGUGCAUUGUGACCGUUGGGGGCGAAGAAAGAGUCUCCAGGAAGCCCUCAGCUACAGUGCGAUGCAUGUGCCCUUUGUAUGAUCGUCACAGACAGUUGUGGAUAGAGCUGGCUCCUAUGAGUACACCAAGGAUAAACCACAGUGUACUUUCUGCAGAGGGGUUCCUGUUUGUCCUGGGAGGUCAAGAUGAAAAUAAAACUACACUAAAUUCGGGUGAAAAAUUCGACCCAGAUACAAAUACAUGGAGCCCCUUGCCACCAAUGACUGAGGCACGGCACAAUUUUGGCCUGGUCGAGAUCGAUGGGGUGCUCUAUGUUUUGGGAGGUGAGGAUGGAGAACAGGUGCUCACUUCUAUGGAGUCCUUUGACAUUUACAACAGGACAUGGACAAAGCAGCCAGACUUAACCAUGAUUAGGAAGAUCGGUUGCUACGCAGCUAUGAAAAAGAAGAUCUAUGCAAUGGGAGGUGGUUCCUAUGGGAAGCUGUUUGAGUCCGUGGAAUGUUACGACCCGAGGACUCAGCAGUGGACGGCCAUCUGCCCACUGAAAGAGAGAAGGUUUGGGGCUGUGGCGUGUGGCGUGGCUUCAGAGCUCUACGUCUUUGGCGGAGUAAGAAGCCGCGAGGAUAACCAAACCAGCGAGAUGGUGACGUGCAAAUCUGAAUUCUACCACGAUGAAUUCAAAAGGUGGAUCUAUCUGAGCGAUCAGAAUUUAUGCAUCCCAGCCAGUUCCUCAUUUGUGUAUGGAGCUGUGCCCAUUGGGGCCAGCAUAUAUGUGAUCGGGGAUCUGGAUACAGGUACCAGUUACGAUUACGUUCGAGAAUUCCGAAGAAGCACCGGGACGUGGCACCCUACCAAACCUCUCUUCCCGUCCUACCUUCGCCACACCGGAUGCGCCGCUUUGCGCAUAGCCAAUUGCAAACUCUUCCGCCUCCAACUUCAGCAAGGGUUGCUCCUCUCCCUCCGCGCCCGCGUCCCUUCUCCUUGACCGUCCUUCACGCAAGCAGCCGGGAAGAGCGUUAGAGAAAGUCCCCUUGUAACGACCUCGCUUUCUAUAACGGAGAAGCAGAACAUCUUGCAGCAGCAGAAAUCUAAACAGUACGCUCGGCAUUGGUAUGAUAACCGUUCUAACUUUUCUUUUAAUUGCUCAAAUGCUUUAAAGCCUCGGCCCGUUGCGAGGGGCUCGUUGUGGAAAAACGGGAGUCAACGAGCGGUCCAGUUAUUUACAGAGGUUGAGCCACGCGGCGGGCUGUUCCUUUCCUCCCAACGAAGAAGAAUAGUGUAAAAAGAAAAGCCGUGGAAAUGGGGGCAGCAACUGCAGGAUGUGUUUCCACCGAGGGGGGAAUGGUUGUGAGUAGCAACGUUGUGCUGACCUCAAGAAGUAUGGCUGGCACGCGAUACACUGAUUGGAAAUCAAUCUCUCUUUGUGAUGCCAAAAGACACUUUUAGCUCCGCUGGGAGGCAAACGGGCAAGUGAACUUUUAUUUCACAGCUUAACUUUGCAAUUUGGAGGCCUCUGCCCGAAAAGACAGACCGACACGUAAGCCAUUGUUCACAAUUUUUUUUUUUAUUAUUACUAGGAUUUUUAUUUUUUUUUAACGGAAUGGACUAAACUCUAAACCGAGCUAAGUGUUGUACCGGGAACUAAAUGCUAUUACGUAGAUCUUGUAAUAUUUAUGGUGGACCUCAGGAACGGAUCUCAAAUUUAACGAGAUGGGUGGUGAUGAAUUUCAGAAGUGCCAUACAUUAUUACGAACGGGGCAGGUAGCACAUAUUUUGGGUGGGGGAUCGGAAGAGCGAUAACACAAGGAGAACAUUUCCAAACGUUAUGAAUAAAAGAUGCUGCAAGUUUCUGGGAGUAAAAAAAAAAAUAUAUAUUCCUAAAUGGUUGUAUUACAGAUGAAAAGAAGAACUUUUUUUUUUUAAAAAAAAUCUUCUUUUAAAGUGGGAAGAGGGGUCGGUGAAAUUAUUAAUGCAUUUCAGACACUGUCUGGAGAAUGAUAUGGGGAUCAAACGUCGGUGUAAAAAAUUACCUCUUUCAAAGAAAAUUGUGCUGAAUCUUGUUAAUACUACUACUAGUGAAGGUUUUGUUUUUAUUUUCCAUUUUAUAAGUUUAUUUUUUUGGAUCAUAAAUAUUAAUAUUUAAUUAGAAUAGAGAUCAUUUGCUAGUGACGAUACUGUUUACCUUUCUACUUAAGCAUUAUUUUAUUACACUGUUAAUGAAGCUCUAUA